UUAACAUUGAUGAAUAAGCGUCAGGCAUGGCGGUGGAAAUCGAGUCUGCAGAUGUUGUUAGAUUGAUAGAACAGUACUUGAAAGAAAAUAACCUGUUGAGGACAUUGUCAAUACUUCAGGAAGAGACAGGAAUCUCCCUGAACACUGUAGAUUCUGUGGAUGGUUUCAUUAGUGAUAUCAAUAAUGGCCACUGGGACACUGUCUUACAGGCCAUACAGACACUCAAACUCCCCGACAACAAGCUCAUCGACUUGUAUGAACAGAUAGUGUUGGAGCUGAUAGAGUUACGUGAGCUUGGAGCUGCUCGAUCACUUCUCAGACAGACUGAUCCAAUGAUUAUGCUGAAACACAACCAGAACGACAGAUUCCUUCACUUAGAGAAUAUGUUAGCUAGGUCUUAUUUUGACCCUAGAGAGGCAUAUCCUGAAGGCCAGACAAAAGAAAAGAGGAGGAAUGCCAUUGCCCAGGCCUUGGCAGGAGAAGUCAAUGUUGUCCCUCCCUCCCGUCUCCUGGCUUUGCUAGGACAGUCCCUGAAAUGGCAGCAACAUCAAGGACUUCUCCCCCCAGGUACAACUAUUGAUGUGUUCCGAGGAAAAGCUGCAGUCAAAGAACAAGAGGAAGAGAAAUAUCCAACACAACUCAGUAAAACAAUCAAGUUUGGUCAGAAAGCCCACAUAGAGUGUGCCCGGUUCUCACCUGAUGGGCAGUUCUUGGUGACUGGCUCAGUGGAUGGGUUUGUAGAAGUCUGGAAUUUCACCACAGGAAAAAUCAGAAAAGAUCUGCGUUAUCAAGCACAAGACAACUUUAUGAUGAUGGAUGAUGCAGUUUUGUGUAUGUGUUUCAGUAAAGAUUCAGAAAUGUUGGCUACAGGGGCACAGGAUGGGAAAAUUAAAGUUUGGAAAAUUUUAACAGGACAGUGUUUACGAAAGUUUGAAAAAGCACACAACAAAGGGAUCACAUGUGUCAAUUUCUCCAAAGACAAUAGCCAGCUGCUCAGUGCUUCUUUUGACCAAACCAUUAGAAUUCAUGGAUUGAAAUCAGGAAAAACUCUGAAAGAAUUUAGAGGCCAUACCUCCUUUGUUAAUGAUGCAGUUUUCACAACAGAUGGACAUCACAUAUUAAGUGCCAGCUCUGAUGGGACUGUGAAAGUUUGGAAUGUAAAGACAACCGAGUGUCAAAACACUUUUAAGUCCCUGGGGGGAACUUCAGGAAUGGACAUCACUGUCCAUAGCGUUCACCCUCUCCCCAGACAGACUGAGCAGUUUAUAGUGUGUAACAGAUCCAACACCAUCGUCAUCAUGAACAUGCAGGGGCAGAUUGUGAGGAGUUUCUCCAGUGGUAAGAGAGAGGGAGGAGACUUUGUGUGUGCUGUCCUGUCCCCCCGGGGGGAGUGGAUCUACUGCGUAGGAGAAGAUCUGGUGCUUUACUGUUUCAGUGUCACCACCGGAAAACUGGAAAGAACACUGACGGUUCAUGAGAAAGAUGUGAUAGGAAUCACUCAUCAUCCCCACCAGAAUCUGAUUGCUACCUACUCAGAAGACGGUCUUCUCCGAAUCUGGAAGCCAUAACUGAAUAAAUUGUUCCAAUGAUCACUAACUUCAUGUUUUUAGCAACUAAGUUGUAUGCAUUGACCGCAUGUUACGUAUUUCAUUCUGAGAGAUUUUUGUCAAAUUAGGGACUUCUGUUAUAGAAAGUGAUGAAGCUCACUGUAAUGUAUUUAUACCCAAGUAUGUUGUCAAAAUCAGAUAUCAUGAUUUAAAAUUUAAUAAAAUAUCUUUUAAAUAUGUAAAAA